AUGCCCGAAGGACCGGGUGCUGCGGCUCCGGCGCCGCGCGCUGCCGCCGAGCAGGGCAACAACUCGAUGAUGUACAAGAUGGUCCAGGGCCUCGUCAUGUACUUUGGCAUCAACCUCGUCAUGAAGCAGUUCCUCGGUGGCAACAAGCAGACAACCAUCACUACCGACGCCGACGGAAAGGCCAUCCAGGUCCCUGUCGUGACAGCCGACUCCAUCCCAGCGUUCCACGACAGACCUCUCCAGCUCGAUGAGGGUGCCGUCUACAGUCAGAUUCCGCAGCGCGUAGCACCCAUCUGGCCGACCGACAGCAACAUCGACAUCCUCGUCACCCUCUCUGACACCUUCCGCCCCAUCAAGAUCGCCAGUAUCCCCGAGCAGUAUGUCGCCCUCAAGGAGUCCAACUUCAAGCUUGGCGACCUGAAGGAGUCCCGCACGGCCGAGAUCGAGUUCGAGGUCCCCAAGGCAGUCCAGAACAACGGCACUCUCUGGGGCCAUUUCUACAUUGGACAGACAGGAGCCAACCUCGACCCAAUGGAGCCCAACUUUGACCCGGCCACUGCUGCUCACUUCGCCUUUCCCCUGACUCAGUACUUCCCCAAGAAGAAGAUCGCCAAGACCCGCAAUCUUCUAGACGAAAAGGUUGAGGAGGAAGAGCCGGAAGAGGAGGAGCCUAGCGGUCCCGUCAUUGCCAACUAUUACCACCCAAACACGACCCUGAGCUUCGUCGACCUUGGCGUUGUGCAGUACCCAUCCAUGCACCCUGCCACCCGGCGCUUCAUUCACCUCGAAGCCACUGGUGCCAGAGACGGAUCUGGCCAGAACUCUUGGUAUUACCCCGCCCUCUUUGUCAACACUUUCUGGCAGAUGCGCUCGCAGAUGACGUUGCUCAACGACACUGUCACAACCCUGCCGCUGCGCCUGGAUCUCAACAACCUGCGUGGAUGGCAGUUCCAUCUGAUGGCCUCUAUCGAUGCCUCUGCGAAGCAACAAGCCCACCAAGCUGCCUUUGCCGGCCCGUUGCAGGGCGGCAGCGACGGCAGUGAGAUUGAGAUGGUCAAGGAGGUUCUCUUUGAUUCUAACCCAUACCUUCUUGGCAUCACGGUCGUCGUGAGCAUCGCUCAUAUCUUUCUGGAGAUGCUGGCCUUUGGCUCCGAUAUCGCCCACUACCGCAAGAAGAAGGACAAUGUCGGCAUCUCGGUGCGGUCCAUCUUGGCCAACGUCUUCAUGCAGACUGUCAUCUUCCUCUAUCUGGUGGACAACUCGCAGAACACUAGCUGGAUGAUUCUGGGAUCCCAGGCCGUGGGUAUUCUCAUUGAGUUCUGGAAGAUCACGACAGUGGUCAACGUGAAGUUUGGUCCCUCACCGCCGGGCUCACUCUUGCCAUACACGGUCACGUUCGAGGACAAGGGUACGCUUACCGAGACCGAGGAAAAGACCAAGGAGUACGAUGAAAUUGCCUUCAGGUACAUGUACAUGGCUGGUGUGCCUCUUCUACUGGCUUACGCUGCCUACUCUCUCAUCUACGAGUCACACAAGUCAUGGUACUCGUACAUCAUUACCACUCUGGUCGGCUCGGUUUACGCGUACGGCUUCCUGCUCAUGGUCCCAUCUUUGUACAUCAACUAUCGCCUCAAGAGCGUGGCGCACAUGCCCGGCAAGGCCAUGAUGUACAAGUUCCUCAACACCUUUAUCGAUGAUCUGUUUGCGUUCACCAUCAAGAUGCCCAUCCUGCAUCGCCUGGCCACCUUCCGCGACGACAUCAUCUUCUUCAUCUACAUCUACCAGCGCUGGGCUUACAAGGUCGACCACACCCGUGUCAACGAGUUUGGGCAGGGCGGCGAGGACGAGGAGCCUGAGCCUCGUCCCAAAUCGCUCCCUGCAGUUGACGCUGCUGGUGAAAAGGUUGAGGAUGCGGCCAAGUCGACGGGUGUCAGCACGUCGGCCGAGGUCAAGAAGAGAAAGUAG